ACGGGUCACCAUGGCUAGAUCCAUUUUCACCUGCUCGUUGUUCUUCAGCCACCUGGCGAUGGCAACGGCCUUUUUGGCCUCCUCGCCCAAAGUAGCGCCCCUGUUCACAACCCAACCAUUGUCUUCCUACUCUCCCCUCAGGAGCCUCGAGCAGCGGGCACCGCGCCGCCAACAACCUCUACAGCUACCGCACGAAGCGACGAAGCGAGGGACCGGGCGUGCUGCCACUGUGGCUCGUAUGACCCCUGGGCACCACUCCCAGCAGGCUCAGGGGCGCGAUGCCCCUGAACAUGAGCGGCCUGUUGUUGCCUCGGCGGGACUGUCAACUUUCGACCCGGAAAACAGCCCGGCCCGCUUACCUUCGCGGAAGAAGCCGUUGUUCACCCCUCGGUUUGCCGCCUUGACCGCGUCUGCGCUCGCGGUGGGGCUGGCCGUUUCCGUGCUCGCCCCGGGUACUGCAUCCGCCGCAGUCAAGGCGAUAGUGGCGGGGAGCGAGGACGAGGCGCACCUGCAUGUCGGUCAGAAGGUCGCCAAGUUUUUCAGGCGCGGCGGUCUGCCGGACUGGGCGACGCUCAUGACGAUCUCGGCGAUGCCGGUGGUGGAGCUGCGCGGCGGGGUCCCCGUGGGCAUCUGGAUGGGCAUGCCGAUCGCGAAGGUCUUCGGGCUGUGCGUCGCCGGCAACAUGAUCCCCAUCCCGGUCAUCCUGCUCGCGCUGCGGUCCUCGUUCGUGCAGAAGCUGGCCAAGCCGGUGCUGGACAGGGCUAGGGAGAAGGCGGCCGGGUUCGGCGACGAGAAGAGCCAGGCCCUGGCUCUGACGCUCUUCGUGGGAAUUCCGCUGCCGGGAACGGGGGCAUGGACGGGGGCCAUGGGAGCGUUUUUGUUGGGCAUGCCGUUCCAGAAGGCGAUGCUGUCGAUCUUCGUCGGUGUUGUGAGCGCCGGCGUGAUCAUGAGCUGCCUCACCCUCGCCGGUAAGGCCGGAGCUCUCGUCGCCACGGCCGUCCUGGCGGUGUUCUGCGUGACCAACAUACUGGGAGGGGGAGAGGACGGGGGGAACAAGGCGUCCGACUUCGCGUCCAAGUGA